UUGAUUCUCCAUUUCUCUCUCUCUCAGUUCUUGAACUAGUCAUCCUCUUGGGGGCAAAAGGAAGAAACAAAAACAACAUGGGAAGGCAGCCUUGUUGUGACAAAGUUGGAUUGAAAAGAGGGCCAUGGACCAUCGAGGAAGACCACAAGCUCAUGAACUUCAUCAUCAACAAUGGCAUCCAUUGCUGGAGAAUGGUCCCUAAGCUUGCAGGUUUGCUUAGGUGUGGGAAGAGUUGUAGGUUGAGAUGGAUCAAUUACCUUAGGCCUGAUCUUAAGAGAGGCGCUUUCACUGAGGCAGAGGAAAAUCAGCUCAUCCAACUUCAUUCGCGGCUUGGGAACAGGUGGUCAAAAAUUGCCUCACAUUUUCCUGGGAGGACAGACAACGAGAUAAAAAACCAUUGGAACACGAGGAUCAAGAAGAAGCUCAAGAUGGCUGGAGUAGACCCUGCCACCCACCAACAAAUUGAUCUUGAUCAAGAAAAUGGAGUUCAUAAGGAUGGUGAUAACAAGAUUGGCACAAUCUUAAUGGAGGAACAUGAGAACCAACAAGUGGAAGAGAAUGAGCACGAGUUUCCGACAAAAUUAAAUGAAACGACUACAAUUGACGAUCACAAUCUUUUGAAGAACUAUGAAGUGUUGAUGACUGGAGGAGGAAACUUGGAGUUGGAAGGAGCAUGGAGCACUAGUAAUAAUCAAAGCAACACAACUAGUACUAACUCUGAUCAAGGCACCUCAUCAUCGUCGAUCGAGGAAUCGAAUGGUAGUUACCACUACAACCACAUGAAUCCUUCCAGGAAUUAUGACUUGAAUGAUCAUCAUCAAUCAGCAGGUUCAAAGGCUCAAUUAGGUGAGGAUGGUGAUGAUUAUGGGUCAUUGAAGCAAUGGGUUGAUAGUGUGGACUCAAUGUUCUCAUGGGAUGGUUUCAUGAACACCACCACUACUACUUCUACUACUCUAGAUGACGAGUUCUUCUUCCAGCUGGAAAAUGGACUCUACUAUAAUAAAAACGCCAAAUGAUGAUGAUGAUGAUUUCACUUGGAUCAGUUAUUAAAUUUCUUCAUGAUCAAAUCCCCACAAUUUUUUUUUAUAAUUCGAGAGAUAAGCACAUCAUUAAUUAUAUAUAUAAGUGUGAUUAUUCAGUUAUCUGAGGCUAUUUUUAUGUACACUACUACUUCUUGUUUGUGUUCGACUUCCUUUCUUGUAAUGUUUUGUUCUUAAUUUCACCAUCAUCUGCUAGCUAGGCUUGACCAUAAUAGUGUACAUGUCAAUUUUCAGGGUCACUAAUUAAAUAGUGAAUUUAUG